CUUUUGAUUCUGAAAAGUUAAAUAAUUUCAUAAAAUGACUAUGAAGUUUGGAGAACUACCGGUCCGCAUACGGAGGGUCGUGUAUUACACCUUGGCAGCGGAUGAACAAAGAUUUUGGGCUAAAUUUAUAUCGCACAGCUUGCCGGAAUUCUUUAAACGGUCACUAUACCUUUCCACAACUAUGGCUCCUGCAUUUUUGAUGACCCUGGGGAUUUACACAUGGUCUCAUGCAGAAUACAAGAGAGUAGGAAGGAAAAAUCCAGCACUCUAUGAAAAAAAUUCAAAAUAAUGUUUAAUGUUCUUAAUAAUAAAAUGUGAAUAAUGAAUAAU